CCAUCUCCAUCUCCAUUUUCCUUAAUAUUUUUUCAAACCAGUUAUUCUUGAGUAGUAGUACUCAAACUGAAUGGCCAUUUAUUAUUAUUAUUGAAUUCCAGGUUAUUUGUCUUAUAGAGAAGAAGAGAAAAGAAAUGGUCAAAGAUGGAGUUAAAAGAGGAGCUUGGUCUUCUGAGGAAGAUGAACUUCUUACACAGGUUGUUAAACUCCAUGGGCAAGGCAAAUGGAGAAGCCUUGCUCAGAAAGCAGGUUUGAAUAGAAGUGGGAAGAGUUGCAGGCUUCGAUGGCUGAACUAUUUGAGGCCUGGUAUAAAGAGAGGUGACUUCUCUCCUGAUGAAGAUGAACUCAUUAUUAAACUUCAUCGUCUUCUCGGUAACAGGUGGGCAUUAAUAGCAGGAAGACUUCCUGGUAGGACUGAUAAUGAAGUCAAGAACUAUUGGAACACUAUUCUGUGCAAGAAGCUUCAGGUUGAGGGCGGGGCUGCAUCAGAUUCGAGGUUAUCAAUUAAAAAAUUCCAGGCUGAAGACAAGAACGGUCUUCAGGAUUUUUCCUGGAGGAAUCUGAAACUUCAGGAGAUUCCAGGGCAAUGGUCAAGUCCUUCAAUGCAGAUUGAUGAUGAUGAAGAUCAAGAUGAUAAAUCUUUGAUAUCUUCGAUUGAUGUCUUCGAUAAGGACAAAAUUUUCGUGUCGAAUUUUGAUUCUUUGGAAAAGAAUGACGAUGAUCAGCAGCUUGAAAGUGUGGGGAAAUCGGACUUUCUGAAACAUUUGGAGCUCAAGAAGAUAGCUUCUUUAUUGGAUAUCGAAAAGGAAUUGAGAGAAUUGUUGUAGAGAACAAUCCCAAUAAAUUGAAUCCGAUAUCUGUUUCUGGAAUUGUUUGUUUCCCGGGAAAAUGUGAAUACCAAAAACCAGAUUGUUAUUCGCAGUUAAUUCUUCAAAGUUCAAGGUUCUUGCCAAAUGAACAAACUUUUUAGAUGGUUAAUCUCAUGUUUAGACUUUUUCAAAAAUUAUUGUUCAGAAGACUCCCAUACAUUUCAAAAUUAUUCAAAUAUUCCACUUUUCCUUCGAAACCCGUUAACCACUACACGAA